CGCAGGAGGAAGAAGUAGCCAGAGAUCCUGGAGCAAGUUCAUUGACAACAGUCUGUCGUCGUCGCUGUUAUGGCUUUCCUCUGCAGAAGUGCUGCUUUGCUCCUGAAGCCCUCCGGAGCAGCGCCGGCCGUCCUGUCCGCCGCCCGUCUCUACAGCUCAGGUGGUCAGUAUGAGUAUAUUUUGGUGGAAAAGCGAGGUGAGAAGAACAACGUAGGUUUCAUCCAGCUGAACCGGCCCAAGGCUCUCAACGCUCUGUGUGACGGGCUGAUGAAGGAGGUGGGACAGGCCCUGGACGCUUUUGAAGUUGACGGCGACGUUGGAGCUAUCGUUAUCACCGGCAGUGACAGAGCUUUUGCUGCUGGGGCCGACAUUAAAGAGAUGCAGAAUAGGACCUUCCAGGAGUGUUAUGGUGGAAACUUCCUUGCUCAUUGGAACAGAGUGUCCACAGUGAAGAAGCCUGUGAUUGCAGCUGUCAAUGGAUUUGCUCUGGGUGGUGGCUGCGAGCUGGCCAUGAUGUGUGACAUCAUCUACGCCGGAGAGAAGGCACAGUUCGGCCAACCAGAGAUCCUGUUGGGGACAAUUCCUGGGGCGGGUGGCACCCAGCGCCUGACUCGUGCAGUAGGGAAGUCCCUGGCAAUGGAAAUGGUACUAACAGGAGACAAGAUUAAUGCUCAAGAAGCCAAACAAUCAGGUUUGGUGAGUAAAAUUUAUCCUGUGGACCAGCUGGUGCCUGAAGCUGUUAAAUGUGGGGAAAAAAUUGCUGCCAACUCUAAACUGGUCUCUGCUAUGGCUAAAGAGGCUGUUAACGCAGCUUUUGAACUGACUUUGGCUGAGGGGAAUCGUUUGGAGAAGCGCUUAUUCCACGCUACCUUUGCUACGGAUGAUCGUAAGGAAGGCAUGACUGCAUUUGUGGAGAAGAGAAAGGCCAGUUUCCAGGACAAAUAGAAGAAGAGCAGAUCAAGAGUUGAGCCAAGAACACUAAGUUCCUGAUAUCAGCGGGACAUUUCCUUAUCCACAACAAGUUGAAUGAUGCAAAAAUCCAGAUGGUGGUGGAACAUGGAGGUUGUUUAAAUUAGGAUCUAGCACUGAGUGAUUGAGUGCACAAGAGUGUCUUAUCACAGUGACGCCCUGCCUGCUGAGGCUUAACGUCAAAAUCAGAUGCAGUCGGGGUGCAGGAGUGCUGUGGGUUUGUAUGUGAAUACCAUUUAAUAACAUGUUAUAGUCCGUGUGUAAUAAGAGGAAUCAGCCCCGAUGACUUGUACUGACUUUGCCUUUUAAUUUUCACUGUCAAAUGUUUGUCUGCCUUUUUGAAAACAACUUUUUUUCCCCCGUAUACAUUUUACAAAUAAAGCUCUAGGCUGGUUUUCAGUACUGGAACUAAGACA